AUGGCUAAUUCGCGUAAUGUGUCGUUAGCUUUCCACUUCCACCCCACAGAUCAAGAAAUCAUACGUUCCAUUCUCUACAAGAUGGUGAUUGGGAGAGAGCCUUUGAACCCGUCAUACCACGGCAUUGUUCAUGACGAGGACCUCUUCGGCACCAAAGAACCAUGGAAGAUAUGGGAAGACUAUGGAAGAGAUCAACUCCAUGAUCAAGACUUAUACUUCCUCUGCCAGCUCAAGAGGAUAAACUACUGCAGUUCACGCACCCAUCGCAGGAUUGGCCGCGAAGGGACUUGGAGCCAACGAGUAGCCCCCAAAUUGAUUUACGAUGGAAACCCUAAUCCUAUUGGUAGCAUAAGAAAGCUUCGGUAUAAGAAUCCAAAGUCAGAGCACAAUGCUGAGUGGUUUUUGGAUGAAUAUAGCCUUUUUGUAGGUGAUGAAGGUCCUGGUUUUGAUUUUGUGGUUUGUCGAUUGAGGAAGAAUCAUAAUAAGUUCGACAGAAUAAGAGCAAGUGUUCAUAAAAAGACCAAUAAAGCACCACAACAAAUACAUGAAAGAAAAAGAAAAUCAAUGCAUGUGCUGAUCAAUAUUGAUGAGGAAGUACCACAUGGAUGCUCUAGUGCUAAGUCGCACUCUUCUGGUUUAUGA